AAGGGUGGGGCGCAGGGCGGCUGGCCCGGGCUCGAGGAGACUCUCAAGUCCGCUAGUUCCUUAGCUGAACCCGUCAGCUACCGCAGUUAAUUAAUGUCUCCGCGUGAUAUUUGCACAUUUUCGGCGCAUCCACUUUUGAUUAUUUUCAGUCUGACGCUUUUUCGAGCGUGAGAAAAACACUUGCAGCCCGACAAAAUGACAGAUCCUUCGGUUGCUGACACUCGCCGGCUGAAUUCCAAGCCUCAGGACCUGACGGACGCAUACGGUCCUCCCAGCAAUUUUCUGGAGAUAGACGUUUACGAUCCACAGAUUGUUGGAGUCGGGCGGCACCGAUACACAACUUAUGCAGUUCGGAUGCGGACAAACCUUCCCAUUUUCAAACUAAAGGACUCCUGCGUGACAAGACGAUAUAGUGACUUUGAGUGGUUAAAAAAUGAGUUGGAGAGAGACAGCAAGAUUGUAGUACCUCCUCUCCCGGGUAAAGCCCUGAAGAGACAGUUGCCGUUCCGCACCGACGAAGGGCUUUUCGAGGAGUCGUUCAUUGAGGAGCGGCGGUCGGGUUUGGAGCAGUUCAUCAACAGAAUUGCAGGUCACCCUUUGGCCCAGAAUGAGCGCUGUCUGCAUAUGUUCCUGCAGGAGGCAGAGAUUGACCGGAACUACAUUCCCGGAAAAGUACGACACUAGGCUUACCAAGGGGUUGGGCGGCGGGAGGUGGGGCUUUAAUUAAUUUCCUCUGGGAUGUACAAUGGACUUCUUCUCUCACAUUAUAAAGUCAAAAAGCACUUGAUUUUGGAGCAUGUUCUUCCACUGUGCAUCUGUGUGACUCUUGCGUGCGCUUUUGUUUUAUAACAACCAGCCGACAGUAGUUUGUCAUUGUACAGUAAGCUUAUGGCUUUUAUUACCAAAUACCACAUGCUACAUGCACUCUUUUCCCUUGUCAUAUAAUCAUGAUUGUACUAUACUGUGAAUAAACUAGAUUAAUGAUGAAGUGUGUCAUGCUAUUUCUGAUCCUGUUUUGUUCUCUUUUUGUUUUGUUUUAGGUGUGAGUGAAACGCCUGCACCUGCCCCAUUCAUUUCUACACCUUGUCAGUUUCAAGCCGGUGGAGGAAACAACACAAUUAUUGCUCCCAUGUAUAAAUCAUUUGUUGUCUUUUUGUUAUUCCUCUUACAUGUAUGUGCAUUAUUGGCGGUGAAUGAGAAUGUCUGUCCCCCCCGCCCCAUCUGUUGAUUAUUUUUCACCUCAAAGUCCGUCAGACAAACAUUGGACAAGUUUGCUUACUGUUGGCUUUUGGUUGCUAGAAUGUGAUGACAACGAUAACCUCUCAAAGUGAAGCAACAUGUAGCAUCGUAAAGAAAACGCUGACUUCUGUUCUCUUCAGUCUGCAUUUGCUUUUAGACAGGAUCGUUCAUAGUUAUGUCAUCAUUACACCUCCAACUAAGUUGUCACAUCAGCAGCUAAUGCAAAUGUUAUGUUAUGAACAUGAAAUAUGAACACAUUUUCAUAGUUGGAAAUAGUCCGGAUCUCAAGUAAGGAAUCUCUGCUUAUUUUCCUCCUUUUUUAAAGUUCCAUAAAGAUGAUUGUGAAGUGUAUCAAUACUGUACAUGUUAUCAUUCCAGUUCCACUCUCAGUACUGAGGAAUCUCGCUGAUAUUUUUCUGUUCAACUAUUAAAUUUCCUGCUGCCCGCUG